AUGCAUCCUCAGGAUCAUAUAUUCCUCCUCAACAGCUACAUCUGAAGAUGAAGGCGCCCUCGAGCCUCCUCCUUCGUGCCCUAUGGCUGCGACCAGGGCGUCCCCUCUGCCAAAUCCGCUCUAAAUCUCACUGGAUGCCGCGUGAGAAAUACGCCAAAAUCACCAGCCUGGACAAGCUACAUCGACGCCAGAAAGCAGCAGUCCGGAAAGAACGUGAAUUCAGCGCACUACGCGCCCAGCGUAUGACUUCUGAACAAGCAACGAGUCAUACUCCAACGCCGACACCGUCAUCCACCACAGCCUCCUCGCCAAUCCUCUCAAAAUUGGCAGUCAUCUCGAACCUCCCAUUCAAGAUCUCGCGAACGCCUUCCUCGAACCUUCCUGUAUACGAAAGCACAAAGUCUGGAGGCUCAAAGCACAUCACAACGAUACGAAAGAUUACCGGCGAUCUAGAACAGUUGGCAGGCCAAGUACGGAAGGCACUUGGUAUGGACCAGUACAUUACAGAUAUUCGGGGUCGGCGGAAAGAGACCGUCACUAUAAACCGGACAACUAAGCAAAUCGUUGUCCGUGGAUGGAGGGCGCCCGAGAUAAAGAAGUGGGCUGAGUUGAAUGGGUUUUGAGCCGCCCUUGAACUGGCACAGUUUAAUGAAAGAUGCAAUGCAACUUGGUGAACUUUUUGUAAACAGUAUCAUCUUGUGGGAUCAAAGCCUAGCAAGCGGCCUUGCUGAAGUUCACAAUGGUUUACCGACAAGGCCACUACCCUGAGCUCAGCUUCUUGUUGCUAUAUUUGUACAAUAUCGUACUAGACGAGCACGGAUGGCUCAGUAGAAAUCUACUUGUAUAAACACUUCGACAUCGACAUCUAUACACGUCGACAGAAGACAGCUGUAAAUACGUGUCAUCAUACACCCUGAACUACCUGAAACUGGCCCAAUCCUAAAAUUGAG